ACUGCAUGUGUUGACAAAAUUUCGCAACAGAGCGGCUCUUAGCUUAAUUGAUUGGCAUUAAAUUUACUAUGUUUGCGCUGUGAUUGAAGUCCGAAGAGUAAAAAAAUGAGUACCAGCAUUGUUCAUUACUACGGCGCCCAGCAGAGCAAGUGCGGCUACUGCGGGGGAACGAAGUGCAGCAUGUCACACGGUAUGCACGCAUAUCUGUUGGCAUGCCAGGACUACCAAGAUCUCAUUGAUCGCGGCUGGAGGCGAUGCGGCGACUACUGCUAUAAAAUGCGCAACAAGGAGACCUGCUGCACUGCCUAUACGAUUAAAAGCAAUGCAUUGAAGUUCAAGUUGUCCAAGUCACAGAAGCGCGUUCUGCGACGAGUGAAUCGAUUUUUACGAGACGGAAAGCGGGAAUUUAAAUUGGACGCGGGAGAAGGAGAUGGGGAAGACGAUGCGUGUGACGCCUCAGGCGCUCCUGAGGUCACUGUCAGCGAGCCGCAACCCCAGCUGCCUGACAAACGUCCAGCUGUUAUCAAUGUGGAUCAGAUUGCGUCAUUGGCGCGGGCUCAGAAAAAGCCGACCAAACUUGUGGCUGCUCCAACGUCAGAGGCUCCUUCGGUUGAGGCUCCAACGCUGGGAUCCAACAAAUCUGCAGCACCGAUCUCAAACAAACCAUGCAAGAAAGCCAAGCAAAUGCGGUUGGAGCGCCGACAAGCCAAGCUGGGUGACACUGCAUCGACAACGACGAAAUCCCUUUCCCAGGAAAAGAGCCUGCGCGAUUUCCUGACGUCCGAUAGCGAGACUAACAAGCAUCAGCUAAAGAUCGUAUUGGUCGCUUCCUCAGACACACAGCGCACUUGUGCCGAUGCAGUGGUCGCGUUGUAUCGCAAGUACCAAGUAACCAUUCACAAUGAUAACCCCGCAUGCAUCACCCUAUCUAGUAUGCAGCGGUUUUUGGUCAAAACACCUCUUAAGAAUGAAAAAUCCUUAGGAGCCCCCGAAAUGGGCUAUGGUUCGUUUCAUCAGCAGUACUGGCUGGACGAUAAGCUGAUUGCUGUGGGCGUUAUUGACAUCCUGCCCAGUUGUGUUAGCUCUGUUUAUUUUUUCUACGAUCCUGACUACAGCUUUCUAUCGCUGGGCACAUAUGGUUCACUUAGGGAAAUUGACUUGGUUCAGUCGCUUGCCGAGAAUGUGCCUGAGUUAAAGUAUUACUAUAUGGGCUUCUACAUACACUCCUGCCCAAAAAUGCGCUACAAGGGCAAGUUGUCCGCCUCAUACUUGCUGUGCCCAGAGACUUAUGAUUGGUUACCACUUACCGAUGCCAUUCGAUCUAAGCUAGACGAACACAAAUACCAACGUUUAAACGCUGAUGCUAAUGCCAGGGAUGUAAAUGAGUUUUUAAUGGAGCAUUUAGACGAUGUAAGGCUGCUUUUGGGUGUUAACAAUUUCACCUACUAUAAGAACUACAACCAGCUGAGCGACUCAGAGAACGAAAUGAUAAUUGAGUACAGCAAGCUUGUGGGAAAAGUAUGUGCCCGACGAAUGCUGUACGUUAAUAUUGUUUAGUUUGUACGUUUGGAAUUUUAGUCAAGUAAAGUUUGUCAUUGAAAUUAUUUACAUUGUUUAUACACCGUUGGCUUUAUUAAAGAUACACUAAGCUAA